AUGGACAACAAAACAAGACUGCGAAAGGCCUGUGAUGCCUGCAGUAUCAGAAAGGUGAAGUGCGACAUAAGUGGACCUCCUUGUCGGUCCUGCGCCAGCUUGGAGAUACCCUGUACAUAUGAAAGACCAAGCAGGCGUCGUGGUCCGCCUAACCGCCAUGCAGAGGCGCUAAAGAAACAAAGAAUUGUGGCGUCACCAGCUGCUUCUCCCAGUCCAUCGGACCAGACAUCACCUGCUCUACCUGUGUCCACUGUGAACAACCUUCCAUCCACAUCAUUCCCUGCGUCAGCGGAAUCAAUCUGUCCUUUGACCACGGUACAUUAUCUCGUUGAUGAUUACUUCACCUACAUCCAUCCAUUAGUCCCAGUUCCCCAUGAGCCGACCUUUCGCGCCGCUUUUGCGCGAAGGGAGGAUGUCACCAAUCCCAUUUUCUUGGCCCUUUUGGCUUCCAUGAUCGGAGCCCUGGUGGCUUCGUUUCCAAGAAGACCCAAGCUUCAUUUGAAGACGGAAGCCGAGAAGGCAGCAUUCCCUCAUUCGAUGGCAUUGGUUAAACGAUGUCAUGAUGUCGCUGUUCAGGCCCGGGGUACUGGAUACCUCGACCGAAGUGCUACUGUCAACGAUGCAGCCAUCAGCUACUUUUUGGGUCUGUCAUCAGGAUACGUGUACAAUAUACGGCUUUGUCGUAUUUAUUUUGCUGAAUGCCGAACAAUACUUCAAGUGCAUGAUCUGUGCCGUUCGGCGACCAAGCUGUCUUCAUUGAGUCCAACUAGCCCCAACUCUUCUUCGUCCUCCCACAUAUCACAUGACCCACAGAGCGCCCAAAUCGAUAUCAUUGAGCAAGAGAUGGCACGUCGGCUUUUCUACACACUUCUAGUUGGCUAUCGGUCACUACAGCAUAUUGGGUCCGCUGAUACCGCUGUCUACGUUCCUCCAGAAACGCCAACUGAGCGUUAUCCACCCUUGCCCAUCGAGGUUGAUGAUGAAUACAUAUUCCCCACACAUGUGGAGCCUCAACCAAGCAACACAGUCUCGCAGCUUGUAGGGUUCAAUGCCAAUGUUCGAAUAUUUAGUUCCUACAAUACUUUGUCGGCCUGGGAAAUUGCAUUCGGCAGUGGCCAGUUGUUUGACAGAGAGCGUCAAAGGUCCUUGAUGUGGGAAUGCUUACAGAAGGCGAAAUCAGCGCUUGUCAAUGCCCCGAAAGAACUAUCACUUAAUCAGAUUCAGAUCUCUCCCAUGAGCACCGAAAACCCGCACUCCCUGGAACGUCGUGCUAUCCAGUACGAAAUCCAGAAAGCCAAUAUUUAUGCUAGUCAGUUAGGUACCCGAUCCUACCUGGUGGAAAAAUAUUGGGGUCUUUUUGGGACUUCUAAGGUGUACCAUAGGCCAUCUGAGCAGAGAUAUCCCGACACACCAGGGUCUGCACCCAAGGUAGAAGGUGACGCGUCGGACAACUUCACAGUGCCAGAAACACUCGCACAACCGGAUCAUAUCGAGAAAAUGAUGGCAGAAGAACGUCUGCUUGUGAUACGAGAUCUUCUUGUACUAUUGCGUUCUGUCAAUGAGGUCAAUAUGGAACCUAAUGGUGCUAGCUUUACGUAUAAAAUCCGUCAAAUAGCUUCCACUUUGCUCAACCUUCCUCACCCAGCUAUGGAAUCGGCAACACCAGACACAUCAACUCCAGGGCCUCAUUCUCUAACCAUGGCCGAAGCAGAAUCUUAUCUCCAUGCGUUCAUCGACACGCUCAUGCGCCUCGAGGGCCUUUCAAGUUCAACCCAAUCACGACCUGGAUCCACUCGCGACCAGAAAGGUCGAUCAAUGAGUUAUUUGAGCGACACUGAGCGCGACGAAGAAGAGCUGCGCCAGUGGGCAAGUCUCAAAGAAUACCAGCAGAAAUUCGCCGAGGCCGGCGGUGUACUUUCUGAGAUAUGA